CCACCUGAAUCAGAAUCGAUUGUUCCUGAAUCAGAUAAUCAGAUUGAUUGUUUGGAACCACAUCCACCAGCAGACGUAAUUAAGCAAACAGAAUACCAUAGUAAAACUAAGGUUGACGAAGCAUAUGAUUAUCUCCCAAAAGGUUAUUAGAGAAUCAAGCGCACAAGGAGGAGGAAGAGGAGAAGCAUGUGGCAGUAGCAGCUACAAUUACCUGGGCGCGCUGCUGCAGCUCAUGAUCCCGUGCAAGGCGGCGGUGGCGCCCUUCAGCCCGUCGCCGCCCAGCGAGGACUGCUGCUCGGCAGUGCGCGAGCUAGGGCAGCCCUGCCUCUGCCUGCUUCUCGCCGGCCCGCUCAUCUCCGGCGCCGACCGCCAGAUGCUCAGCCGCCUCCCCUCCACGUGCGCCGCCACCGGCGAUGUGCGUCAGGAGGAUCUAGCUAGCUCAUGUUCUCCUGCUACGUAGCAUGUCCAUCUUGCUUUUCUUUUCUUUGCUUUUC